UCAAUAGUGGAAAGGUGGGAUGCGACACACAAGACCUUUCCUUUGCCUGUUGACUUGGUGCCCAAUAUUCCUUCUCCGCAAUGGACUCCCAAUUCACAAAGAAUGAGCCAGACAGCACCAGGCAUAAAGAUCAUUUGGGUCUUUAUGACUCCUUUGAAGACUUAGAUUUUUUUCCAGAGGAACCAUUUCGAAGGCGAGAUCUAUCCGUGUGUGAAAACAGGGCAACACAAGAUACAGAGAAGCAAACCACACCUUGUGUGGCGUGUCAGGAUCAGCAACUCACAGAGAAUGCAAGAGAAGAUAAUGAGAAAGGUGGCAAUGACAUUCUUGGGGAUGAGAAAGCAAGCAGACAGUCCUACCAAGAGAAAGAACUGUACUGUAUUACUUGCUGUGUUCCAGUGAGAUCCCUCAAUAGCAAGUGUAAGGAACACCAGGAGCAUGAAGUCAUGUCUCUUGCUGCUGUGGUGGAAAUUGCAAAGGAUGAGCUUCUGAAAAACAUUGGCCGAUUGGAAGACCAAAUCACUCACUUGGAGAGUUUUUCUAGACACUUGGAGGAAAUUUUUAUUACUGUAGAGGAGGAUUUUACCAGGCAGGAGCAGAACUUUGAGAAGCAUUACAAUGACAUAAUACAGAUCCUUGAGCAAAGAUAUGAAGAAAAUAUGCAAGCUUUGGGGGAGGAAAAGAAAGAGAAUCUGGAAGCUUUGUAUAAACAGCUGGUCAACUGUGGAGAAAACCUGGAUACUUGCAAAGAUCUGAUGGAAACCAUUGAAAAUCUUGACCAGGGUGAAAAAAAAGUGGAAGCCAUAAAGACUGCAGUUGCAACAGUUCACAGAUUGCACACCUUCUUGAAAAAGGAUGUGAAUGUACACCUCUCAACUCCAGCUGAGUUUGAAGACCAAGUCAUUGAUUUCUCAGACAUUCAGGAACUAAUGGAGUCUGUUAAUUCUUUCCCAAUUCCUUCACCUCCUUGUGCACCAGUGAUGAAUGCUCAGGAUCCCAAUUCAGCUACGGGGACAUCUGUGAAAGUCUGCUGGAGCUUUUUCUCUGAAGAUAUUGUAGAAAGCUACCAACUCUAUUACAAACGAGCGAGCAAUGAUGCAUCAAACAAGGAACAGGAAGAGUUUAGGCUGAAUGUGAAAGAAACCUACUGUACAGUUGUUCAGCUGGCACCUAAUACACAAUAUGAAUUUUGGGUAAAGGCAGCCAACAAAGCUGGGAUCAGCUCAGUAAGUGAAAGAGCGGUGUAUAUGACAGCUCCUUUGCCGCCUGUUAUCAAAGAGGAGGUGAUUCAGAGCUGCCAACACUCUGCAUUGGUGCGAUGGGAAUGUGGAAAUACGAAUCCUGUGGAUUCCUACACUGUUGAAUUAUCCAGGCUGACCGGUGGAGAUGGAGGAGAAAUUCUUUCUGAAUCUGUUGUUGGAAUUCCAAACUGUGAGACAGUGAUUCAGCUGGAGCCAAGACAGAAUUACCUCCUGUUUGUGAAGGCCAUCAAUAUGGGAGGAUCGAGUGAAAGAAGUGAGCCUGCCUCCAUUCUUAGCACAGGAACUGUGUUUACCCUCCAUGAAAAGACAGCCCACCCCUUGCUGUCCAUCCUGGAAGAUGGGCUGACGUUGGCCUGCCACAAAAUUGAGUGUCCCCAAAGCGACAUAUCCUUUGGUGAGGACAGCUUUACAAGAUCCAUUGGUAUAUUGGGAUACCCGAUCCCAUUCCGAGGAAAACAUUACUGGGAGGUGGAUGUUGAGGAGAACAUUGAAUAUUGCAUUGGUGUGGCUUUUGAAAAUGUACCAAGAGACAACUACUUGGGCGCAAGCCAUUCCUCCUGGUGUAUGAAGCAUACCAUUACUCCCUCCAGCCAUGUCUAUGAAUUUCUGAAUAAUGGGAUGACACCGGACAUCAAGAUCACCGUUCCUCCCCAGAGGAUUGGCCUCCUGCUGGACUACGAUGAAGGGACUCUCUCGUUUUUUAACGCUGAUAUCAUGCAACACUUGUAUACCUUCCACAGCAGCUUUCAAGAUUUUGUGUGUCCCUGUUUUGCACUGGAAGAAGUUGGUGUGCUCAAGAUUCGGAAUGGCAUCGCAGUACCCCCACUUGCUGUUUUGUGAUUAAGGAUAGCAAGACGGCAUUCUUUAUAUGCAAUGCAGCACACUUUCGGCUCCCCCUCCCAGCCUUUUCUGUCUCCC